CAGAAGGACUGCGCGAGUCUGAGUGUGUGGUGAGGUUGCAGUCAGAACCGUGUUUCUUUUACGGAGUACGACCAGGACAGCGACAGGCUGCAGCGUAGGUGUGUCUUUCAGAUUUUCAUGCAGAAUUCGUAUUCAAAUGUUCUCAGCUGCGAGAUGGCGUGAAAGAGCCGCGCGUAACGGACACACCACAGAGCCAACGCGCGCACUUCACUCCUCAGUGAAGAGGGAGAAGGCACAACUCUCCUCUCGGCUACCCGCUCCUUCAAAUAUGGAUUUAGGGUUAAAAAGGCGCAGUGGAACAUUCUUAUGGCUAUGGCUCUCUCUCCUGGCUUGCUGUAUCGGCGGGACAUUAAGCACAGAGAACUGUGAUGGAUCGCUGGUGUCUCUCCUCCCUCCGACUGCUUUCAGAAGCUCGUCUCAGUUGUCCAGCAGCCAUGGGCCGGGCUUUGCCAAACUCAACAGGAGAGACGGUGCUGGGGGGUGGUCACCAAUGGAGUCCAAUAAAUAUCAGUGGCUCGAGAUCAACCUCGGGGAGCGAACGGAAAUCACGGCUAUCGCCACUCAGGGCCGGUACGGCAGUUCAGACUGGGUCACUGGCUACCAGCUCAUGUUCAGUGACACGGGACAUAACUGGAGACAGUAUCGACAGGAGGACAGCAUUGGGGUGUUUUCUGGGAACACUAAUGCUGACAGUGUAGUGCCAUUCAAACUGCACCAGCCCAUGUUUGCUCGCUACCUAAGAGUCGUCCCUCUGGACUGGAACCCAAUGGGAAGAAUUGGACUAAGGCUGGAAGCCUACGGUUGCCAAUACAAGUCUGACGUGAUGGAGUUUGAUGGGAGCAGCUCGCUACUCUACAGGUUUAAUCCCAACUCCAGUCAAACAACCAAAGACAGGCUUUCCCUGAAGUUUAAAACCUUGGUCCACUCAGGCACUAUCAUUCACAUGGAAGGAAUGCAUGGCCCAAGCCUAACAAUGGAACUAAUCAAGGGAAAACUUGUAUUUCACCUCAGGAAAGGCAAACGUCCAUCUCCAUCGGACCUCCACGCCUCCGUGUCGCUCGGAAGCCUCCUGGACGACCAGCACUGGCACUCGGUCACGAUCGAGCGUGUUAGCAGGCACCUCAACUUCACAGUGGACAAAAGCACACAGCAGCUCCAAAUCCCCAGCCACCUGAGUCUGUCUGACAUUAGCGAGAUUAGCUUCGGCGGAGUGUCGGGUCUUUCAGCAUUGAGAACUCUCUCCAAGAAGAACUUCCAGGGGUGCAUGGAGAAUGUGCUCUACAAUGAUGUGAAUAUUGUCAGUCUGGCUCAAGAAGGACAUCAUGUAUCCAUAACGGGAGCUGUCUCCUUCACCUGCUCCGAGCCCGUAGAUGUGCCCGUGACUUUCUCGAGCCCCGGAAGCUUCCUCCAGCUCCCUCUGAGCGCGCCUGGAGACGAAAUCUCCAUCAGCCUGGAGUUUCGGACGUGGAACAAGGCCGGCCUUCUUCUGACCUUUGAUCUUCAGCAGCAGGCCGGCAGCGCCUGGCUUUACCUGAGCGAGGCCAGAGCCAGGCUGCAGAUCCACAAGGCUGGACGGGUCUUGGUGGACAUCGUCACAGGUUCGGGCCUGAAUGACGGCCAGUGGCACUCAGUGUCCCUGAGCGGCAGGAGGGGUCGCCUCGCCAUCUUGGUGGACAGAGAGGACGGUGGCCCGGCACAGGCCCACCCCUCCUUCCCUGUCGUCCCGGAGACCCAGCUCUUCUUUGGAGGUUGCCCGGAAGAAGGAAAAGUCAGCGAUCACGGAUGCAGAAACCUAUUCAGUGUUUUCCAAGGAUGCAUGCGGCUCAUCCACACUGGUGACCAGGAGGUGGACCUGAUCAAGGUGCAGCAGAUGUCCCUCGGAAACUUCAGCGAUUUGCAAAUGGACAUCUGCGGAAUCAUUGAUCGGUGCUCUCCGAGCUAUUGUGAACAUGGAGGGAAAUGCACCCAGUCUUGGAGUACCUUCCACUGCAACUGCUCACACACAGGCUACAAAGGAGCCACCUGCCACAGCUCCAUUUAUGAGCAGUCCUGCGAGGCUUACAAGCACAAGGGAAACACAUCUGGGUUUUACCACCUCGACGUGGACGGGAGCGGCUCCAUCAACCCCCAGAAAGUCUACUGCAAUAUGACAGAUAAAACAUGGAUGGUGAUCCAACACAAUAACACAGAGCUAACCAAAUUAAAACCGUCCUCGGGGAUAAAUCAGCAUUUAGCCUACUUUAACUAUCCCGCCGACUCGGAACAGCUUCGGGCUAUAAUUACCAAGGCUGAGCACUGCGAGCAAGAACUUUCCUACCACUGCAAAAAGUCACGCCUCUUAAACACACCUGUGGGCGCUCCGUUCGCGUGGUGGAUGGAUGGGGCCGGGGAGGCGCAGACCUACUGGGGGGGCGCCGCACCCGGGAUCCAGCAGUGCGCCUGUGGCCUGCACGAGAACUGCGUUCACCCCGAGCAUCUGUGCAACUGCGACGCAGACGGAGUCGACUGGGCUAAUGACACAGGCCCCCUCACUCAUAAGGAGCAUUUACCUGUGCGCGGCGUCGCUGUCGGGGACUUGAGCAGACCCGGCUCGGAGGCCGCGUAUAGAGUGGGACCCCUGCAGUGCUACGGCGACUUGAACUACUGGAACUCGGCCUACUUCAACAAAGAGACAUCGUACCUCCAUUUCCCCACGUUUCACGGCGAGCUGAGCGCAGACAUAUCCUUCAUGUUCAAAACCAGCGCGGCGUCUGGCGUGUUUCUGGAAAAUCUGGGCAUCAAGGACUUCAUACGGAUCGAACUAAGCUCCCCGUUUGAGGUGGUCUUCUCCUACGACGUGGGCAACGGGCCAGUGGAGGUCCGCGUGGAGUCGCCCGCCCCGCUCAGCGACGACCGAUGGCACAGCGUGCGGGCCGAGCGCAACGUGAAGGAAGCCUCGCUGCACGUGGACCAUCUGCCUGGGGCCACGCAGAGAGCGCCCCCCGAUGGACACCUGCACCUGCAGCUCAACAGCCAAUUAUUUGUGGGAGGGACGGCGUCCAGGCAGAAGGGAUUCCUGGGAUGCAUCCGCUCCCUGCAGCUGAACGGGAGGACGCUGGACCUGGAGGAGCGGGCCAAGAUCACCCCCGGCGUCCGGCCCGGAUGUCCAGGACACUGCAGCAGCUACGGGAGCCUGUGCCAGAAUGACGGCCGCUGCGUGGAGAGGUACACAGGCUUCACCUGUGACUGUGGCCUCUCCGCCUACACUGGGGCCUUCUGUCAGAAAGAGGUGUCUGCCUACUUCAAGUCCACCACGUCGGUGUCGUACACGUUCAAGGAGCCCUACGAGCUGAACAGGAACAGCAGCGUCCAGGCCUCGUCCAUCUACUCCGACAUGACCCUGCGCGCCGAGAACGUGACCGUGGGCUUCCGCACCGCCCAGGCGCCGGCCCUGCUGCUCUACGUGGGCUCGUACUACCGCGAGUACCUCGCCGUCCUGCUCAACCGAAAUGGACAUCUAGAUGUCAAGUACAAGCUACAGAGCAACAGGGACGCUGAAGUCUUCAGGACCAGCACAAGAAACUUGGCCAAUGGACAGCUUCACAUGGUCUCCAUCAGAAGACAGGCAGAAAGUCUCUACAUCCAGGUUGACCAGUAUGAACAGGAGGAGUUCAACAUCACGUCAGAUGUCGAAUUCAACGCUAUCAAGUCUGUGAUGCUGGGAAAAGUGCACGACUCGGGUGAGCUGGACCCAGAGAUAGCGCGGCUGAACGCUCUGGGCUUCACUGGGUGUCUGUCUGUGGUCCAGUUUAACUCCAUCGCCCCUCUGAAGGCCGCCCUGCUCUACCCCGCCACCAGCCCUGUGGUCGUCACCGGCCCCCUGGAGGAGUCCACCUGCGGGUCCUCUUCACCCAGCCACCCACAUGCUUCAGAGACCACCCACUCUCUCACAGAUCAUUUUGGCACACUAGGCACUGGUGAGCCAAUAGUCAAUGCAAUCAACAGUGAUUCUGCCUUGAUUGGAGGUGUCAUCGCCGUGGUGAUAUUUGUCAUCUUGUCAGCGCUGGCCGUCAUGGGCAGGUGUCUGUACAGACGGAAAGAGACGUUUCAGACUCCGCCGCCGAAGGGAGGCAAACCGGAGGACAGUCCCGAGUUCCCCUUCAACAACGCAGCCAACUCUCAAUACGUGCUGAGUGAAAAUCAGAGGGAGCACUUCAUAUGAUGCCCCCUUCUUACCCCCCUCCCUCCCUCCCUCCCUCCUUUGUGUUGGACUAAUCCAGAAAAAAAAUCUGAGGACACAAGACGAAGCCUUGCAGAGAGCCUAGAGACAUUAACAUUCAUGGAGCAUUUUUGCAUAAAACCUGCAGGAACUGUCAAAAGUUGGCGACGAAAAUUGCGAGGACGCAGAGGCAGGUGAUGAGAAAAAUGUGUGAACAGAUUGCCCAUAUAAAUGAUUUUCUAUUUUGAUUUUGUACAUACAUAUGAGUACGGUAACUUUUUUGGCACAGUUCUGUGGCUUGAGUUUCUAAGGUAUGUGUGCGUGUGUGUGGAAAAUGUCAGAAAUUGUAAAUAGCCUUUAAAGAUGUACAUGUCUAUAAUACCUUUAUAACAAUUUCCCCUCCUUCCCUCUCUCCUCGACGUGCACAGUCCUCUCCUCUGCCAUCUCAUGCACACCGGACACAUGAUACACAUACAUAUGCACAUACAUCAUGUUAAGUGUUUUAGUGAUGCUGGUAACAUAUUUACAAUGGGAGGACUACCUGCGUAUCAAGUUCAUGUUUGUAAGGUGCCAGGUGUCUGAGGUGGCCAUGUGGAAGGCAUCAAAAAUGUCAAAUCUCCCAUUUUUGGGAGUUGAUCAAAAUGACUGUCAUUAUGUGCCGAGAUGGGUGUUUGAUAACAUCCCAUGAAACACCUGAAAUGAAACAGAUGUUUUCCUUUUAACCACAAUUUCACACGCCCGGUUAAUGCUUGCCGCCAAAAUUAUUCUGUGAGCUCUCUGUGCUUCUCUUCUCCCAGCCACCAACAACCACGUCCCACAGCCCGCCCCAUCACCAACGAAACAAAAUAGAUAACAACAAGUCUGAUUGUCGCCGAGCACAGUUCGGCUUUGCAGCAUGCCCACCUGCAAACAGUGCAACACCAGUACAAUUUCAGUGAGCGAGAGACAGACAGACUGACAGACAGAGACAAAGAGAGAGUGCGAAAAGAAACACUUGAAACACAGACUUCACCAGGAGAGAGAAAAAAACCUCGCUCUGAUUGUUACCUCGCUAUCCAAAUAGCAGGAGAUUAAGAAGGCAGGGGAAGAGAGAGAAAUGCUAAUCUUCAGAAAAAAGGUACUGUUUAGCUGACAGACUGAGCAUAAUUCCAGAGAAAUGGGCCAUAAUGAAGGCUUUCUAAUCUGAGCGAGGACACAACGGGGAGGAAGACUCAGGCGCUGAUGAAUUGCAGGCUGUCAUCAUAUUACUCAGAACAUCACAUCAGCACUAGUCUUCAUGCCAGUUUCAAAAUCUUGUCAAGAACACAAAGGCACAUUACCUGUGAAGAGCCUAUCUGAUGUGUCUAUGCUGACUGCAGCGCUUCAUAUCCAUGUUUUGGUUCAUUUAGCCAGCAGUGCUGUUCGGAGACAGUGAGUGAAACAGGAAAAGAAAGGAAAGUGCUAGAUUUUUUCGGGAAAAUCUCGCUGUAGCCAAGAAGCCCCAUCAUGCCCUUGUCAUGUUAUUGAGCAGAGAGACGAAUAGAAAUGUUCAGUAAAUUGUCACCAAUGAUGCAUUGCUCUUCAUUUGUGCUCAUUCUAUUCCGCAUGUCCCACAGCUCUGUAUUGAGGACCUUGAAGUGGGCAACACAGAGGCCACUGAUCACUGAGAUAAACUGGGCUUUACUGACUCAAUGCCUUGAUUUUAUAUCACUUGUCUUAGCCUUGGCUUAGUUACAGUGAGCGCAUUAAGAGCCUGUUUUUCCGCUCACGGUUGUAUUGUACCCAAGAUAAUCACAAAUCAUUUGACAUAAUGUGUACUGUAUUUCUGGAAAAGUGUAUUAUAAAUAUAUCAAAAGAAAUAUGCACUUCAGUAGUUUUAUAUUCAUGUGCUUUGGUUUAGCCUAUUGGAAAAUGCUGCUUCAUACAUUCAUGAAUACACACAGACUCCUGCUAGUUACAACCAUCAUAGAGUUCCCAUUUGAUAAAAAAAAUCAUUAAUGAAGCAUUUGGGAAAAUUCCUGUCAACGACAUUAUUGUGUCUAAAAUGCUGCUCAGCAAUAUGUCCUUAUAUUUGGAAACAGCUGCGGCAGAGGUGUUCUCUGGUUCUCUUCUGUGCUAGUUUUGUCAUGGGUUUUAAAUGCCCGCUUAGCUUGUAUAUUGACUAACACUGUCAAGGCGCAGAUGUGGCAUUACUGGGUAUUUAAAUACUGUUUUCAGGAAUGUUGCAGAUAUGAAAAAUCUGGAAACCAUAAGCUCUGCAAUGCCAUAUCCUUUUAUAGCCAGUUUUGCUCAGGCACAUUUGCAUAAUGCCAUUCCACAUAAGGACCACUAAGUAAAAUUAAGUUGGCAACAACUACAGCCAAUUAUAAUGUGAAACCACUACAAAGGACAGGCAUUUACAUAUUGUCUGUCCAACACUACAGUAUAACGCAUUCAGGAGAGUUAUGUGAAUAGCUCCAAGUGUAUUUCCAUUUAAUUGAAUUUGAAAUACUGACUUUAUGCUAAUUUCGCAACAUUUUGAUGAGGAAAACUAAUGUAGGGGAAAAAGCACCUGCAUUUAGUCAGGUAGACAUAAAAGAAUAAUUACACGCUCAAAUCGACAGGUUACAUCAUGAAGCCCAGCUCUUUCUCUUCAGUCGGUUUGUUUGGGUAGGAUGUUGUGUGGUUAAGUGGAACUAGGAAAACUCCAGAAGUACAUGGGGAGAAUAGCCUCCAUCUUUCUCUCCACCAUAUGAUGCUUUGGUGUAUGGUUUAAGACUACAUCUGACUGUGGCUUUUUUUUUUAUGUCAGCUGACAUUGUAAUGGUACAACAUAUUAGUAUUUAAUGAGAUGGGUGAUGUCGGUGAGUCUUGAAUCUGGGUAACAGUCAUUAAUUCUGUACAAUGUCAAGGUUUUAUAGUAUCACGGUUGUUUUGAUUAAUAAUAGUGUCAUGUUCAAUUAUAUAAAAAUACAAUGGAGAAAAUAAACAUUUCUUUUAUCUGUGA